UGGUAUUUUUUUGUGACUGCAUUGAUGCCGUCAGCUGUUUGUUUAUAAUUUCAAAACGAACUUAAAUUAAGUAAAUUCAAAGAAAAUGUCUACUUUUAAGCCGAAGUUCUUAAAACCAGAGACAGACGAUGCAAUUACGGAUAGUGUGGGUGGUGAGCAGCAAUCCUCCGCCUUUGUGUUCAAUGCCCAUCACAAUCUUGGACUUGUGGAGCAGAGAGAACGCUUACCUAUACGACAGUACCGGGAUCAGAUACUUUACUGCUUGGAAAAGCACCAGGUGGUGAUUCUAGUGGGUGAAACAGGCAGUGGCAAGAGCACCCAGGUGCCCCAAUAUCUGUACGAAUGGGGCUGGCAUUCCAAGGGACUCAUAGGCAUCACCGAACCCCGGCGGGUCUCCACCGUUACCCUGGCAAAUCGCGUGGCGCAAGAACGUGGCGAACUAGUGGGCGAUACCGUGGGCUAUGUAGUGCGCUUCCUUGAGAAAAUCACCGCGGAGACUAAGAUCAAGUUCAUGACCGAGGGCAUCUUGCUGCGCGAGCUCCUUGCCGAUCCCCUGCUCACUCAGUAUGGUGUUGUCAUCGUGGAUGAAGCCCACGAGCGGAACAUGCUCACCGACAUGGUGUUGGGUCUGCUCAAGAAGAUCCUUCGCAAACGUAGCAGCCUCAAGCUCAUCAUUUCAUCGGCCACCAUAGAUGCGGGCUUCUUCAGCGAGUUCUUUAGCUGGCCGGGAUCAGGAGAAGUUAGCGUUAAGCUAACCAUCGAAGGACGCAUGCAUGCUGUAAGUAAUUUCUACAUCAACGAACCCUGUGCGGACUAUGUCAAGGAAACGGUGGAGACGAUCUGGAAGCUGCAUCAAAAGGAGCCACCCGGCGAUAUUUUGGCCUUCCUAACCGGCCAGGAGGAAGUCCUGGAGGCAUUGGAUCUCCUGCGCGAGUACAUAGCCAGUUCGGAACAGGAGAACCUCAAGGUGCUGCCCAUGUAUGGCAGCAUGUCCAGUACCGAUCAAUUGGCGGUGUUUUUUACCCCACCCAAAGGAGUGCGCAAAGUGGUGCUGGCUACGAACAUCGCAGAGACUUCCAUCACCAUACCGGGCAUAGUUUAUGUCAUAGAUUGCGGGUACGUAAAGGUAAAGUGGUACAAUCCCAACACCAGCAGCGAUAGCCUGGUGGUUGUGCCGGUCAGCAAGGCCUCCGCAAUCCAGAGAGCAGGGCGUGCGGGUCGUAUGCGACCAGGAAAAGUAUAUCGCUUGUACACCAAACAAGACUUUGAUGCCCUUGCUCCUCGACAGCCCCCGGAAAUGCGACGCAGUGAGAUGAGCGGAGCUGUACUGCAGUUAAAAGCUCUGGGUAUCGGGAACAUACUACGCUUCGACUUUCCCUCACCACCGCCGGCUCAAAAUCUUCUUUCUGCAUUGGAGGGACUCUUCGCCUUGGACGCCAUCGAUGAGCAGGGAAAUCUGACCAAGCCCGUGGGCUAUAUGCUUGCCGAACUGCCCUUCAGCGCUAUGCUUUCGAAGAUGCUCUACGUUUCCGGCCAGAUGGGCUGCUCCGAGGAGAUCAUAACCAUCAUUGCGAUGCUGCAAGUGCAAUCUAUAUUCUCGCGACCAGUUUCGGCAGCUGCCCAGCAAAGUGGUCGCAUAGCUCAUCGACACUUCGAGGUGGCGGAAGGUGACUUCAUUACGCUCUUAAACGUUUACACUGGUUUCGUGGAGGAGGGCAUGACCAAGGAGUUCUGUGGCCAGUAUUACCUUAUCUACAGAAACCUUAAAAGGGCCCACGAACUGAGGGAGCAGCUCAUCACAUUGGCCAGGAAGAAAUACGGCAUCCCAAUCUUCUCGUGCAAGGGAGAUGUGGAAACCUUGUGCAAGUGCAUCACUGCCGGCUUCUUCACCCAGGUGGCCUAUUUGCAUCAUUCCGGAGUUUAUCGACAGAUCAGCAGCGGCACAGAACUUGCUAUACAUCCCAACUCCACGCUUUAUACACUGCCGCAAGCACAGUACGUGGUCUAUGGGGAAUUGCUCCAGACAACGAAGCUGUUUAUGAACCAAAUCACGGUGAUCAAGAGGGAGUGGCUGACGGAACUGGCUCCUCAUUACUACCAGCAAACAACAGUGCGAGAUUAGCACAUAAAAUAAACGCCUCUG